AUGAAUUUUCCAACUGAAACUGAAAUUUAUCAAACUUUUGGCAAAAUCCACAAGCCGAAUUACAAAACUCAGCUGUGCAAAAAUUAUGGGAGGCUCGGAUGUGGUCACUGCCGAUAUGGCCCAAAACGUCAAUUCAUCCACCCAGAGGACCCUGCAUACCUGGAUAUGUACCCAGACACAUGGCAUUUUGCCAAGGAGCAGGAGGCGCAUAGCCAAUAUGUGCAGGCAUUACAUAACAUUCGUGCGAGCAGUGCAGCACAUUGUACAUGCGAGAAUGUCGCUGAUUCGACAAAAUCCGUGAGACGCUAA